GGUGCAGAAGACACAGGCAGCUGCCCUCUUGGCCUGAUCCGGCCCUGCCCAGAGGGGUGGCCUUUAAACAUGAUGCCUGGAGGCAACGAGAAGAGUGUGAAAGCCCUAAAGGAGGUGUGGAGAAGAGCAGAAAACUCUUUGUGCGCAGACUGUGGGAAGCCGGAUCCUGACUGGGCCUCCUCUACUUUGGGUGUCUUUAUAUGCCUCAGCUGUUCAGGAAUUCAUCGCAACAUCCCUAGCAUCAGCAAAGUGAAAUCCCUGAAGAUGGACCACUGGGAUGAUGCUCAGGUGCAGUUCCUGGCCCAUCAUGGGAAUGCUGUGACCAAAGCCACAUACGAAGCUCACAUCCCUAUUUACUAUUACCAGCCAACCUACAAUGACUGCCAAGUGCUGAGAGAGCAGUGGAUAAGGGCUAAAUAUGAACGCAAAGAAUUCACCAAGCCAGGGAAACAGCUGCCGUACUCUGAUGGGGUGAAGGAAGGCAUUCUCUGGAAGCGAGGCCGAGACAACGGGCAGUUCCUACCCCGCAAAUUCCUCUUGUCUGAGAGAGAGGGAUGUCUGAAGUAUUUUACCAAGCAGGAUGCCAAAGAACCCAAAGUCAUUAUUAAAAUAGAUGUCAUCAAUGCUACGUUCCAGCCAGUGAAGAUUGGAAACCCCAAUGGCCUGCAGAUCACCUAUCUCAAGGACAACAAGACCCGGAAUAUAUUUGUCUACCAUGAAAAUGGAAAGGAGGUAGUGGACUGGUUCAAUGCCAUUCGCUCUGUGCAGUUCCAUUACCUGAAGGUAGCAUUUCCCAUAGCCAGCGAUAAUGAGCUUAAAAGCCGUCUGACAAGGAAUUUCUUGAAAGAGGGAUACAUGGAAAAGACUGGUCCCAAGCAGAAAGAGGCUUUUAAGAAGCGCUGGUUCACGCUGGAUCACCGCAGGCUCAUGUACUUCAAGGACCCUUUGGAUGCAUUUGCUAAGGGAGAAGUGUUUGUGGGCAGCAGAGAGAAUGGCUAUAGUGUCCAGAAGGGAUUGCCGUCGGGUACACAGGGCAACUUCUCUUGGCACUACGGCCUCACCAUUGUCACCCCCGACCGGGAAUACCUCUUCACCUGUGAGACAGAGACUGACCAGCUGGACUGGAUAACAGCCUUCACUAGCGUCGUCAACCAGCCCAUGAUACCACAGGAAUAUGCAAUUGAAGCCUACUUCAAGGUUAAAUCCUAGGAAGCCGUGUGAGAACCCAGCUAUGACUCAACUCUGCCUGAUGCUGAGUGGGGUGUCAGGAGAAGAGAGGAGAUCCACAUCAGAGAAACACAAUGCUCUUGCAACCUGCCCUUUGAAGCACUUUGUUUUCCAUAGACAAACCACUUUCGUCUGGGGCACAAUUAAGCUGCUUCCUUUCAAACGCAAGACUUUGUGAGACUGAACCCUCAG